UUGACUCGGCCCCAUUUCUUCACGCUGAUAACCUCCCCUGAGAUCCAGCAGGCCUGGACGAGCCACCAUCAACAAACCCCAUACCCACUGCCCAGCUACGUACGCACGCACGAGACAGAGAUAAGGCGGGGAGAGCUGCUCACCUAUCUGUCUGUCGUUGGGGUAUGGCUCACGCGCUCACGGUGGCUCACUGUAUAAGACAAACGACGAUCGCCUGCCUCGUCUACUACCAUCACCACGAGCUUGGUUCAUGACAGACUAGACUAGCCCGCGCACACAUCCACCAAGAGCAGCGUCUGACUAGAUUCUCCUACAUCCCGCCAUGGCAGACACAGAGAAGAACGAGGGCAUCACGCCCGCGCCCGCGCUCAUGCGCAGCGCCAGCGGCAGCGUCGACGACGGCAAGGUGGGCCACGCGGAAGACAACUUUGAGGUCUUCAAACGGGGCGACGGCCAGGUCGACUUUCGCACCGUCGGUUGGAUUCAAGCGUCGGUCAUCUUCCUCAAAGUCAUCUUCGCCGUGGGCGUGCUCACCAUCCCCUCGGCCAUGUACGUCCUCGGGGCCCUGCCGGGCGCCAUCAACGUCCUCGGCUGGCAGGCGCUCAACACGUACUGCGCCAUCAUACAGGGUAACUUUCGCAACGCCCACGCCGGCUGCCACUCCAUCGCCGACAUGGCCAACGUCGUGGGCGGCGUCUGGCUGAAGGAAGUCGUCGGCGUCCUGUUCCUCGUCACCUACGCCAUCGUCGGGGCCGCGGGCAUCUUUGGCUCCUCCGUCGCCCUCAACGUCUUCUCCAACCACGCCAUCUGCACAAACUGGUUCAUGGCCGUGUGCACCAUUGCCGUGUUUAUUCUCGCCAGCGCGCGCAAGUUUGAGAAGAUUGCCUGGCUCACCUGGGCGGGGUUCCUCUCCGUGUACAUUGCCGUCUUCAUCGUCGUUGUUGGCGUCACGCAACGUGAUCGCCCGGCUGCCGCCCCCCAGACGGGCGAAUACGACUUUGGUUACCGCGUCAUCGGCAAUCCGACCUUUGUGAGCGCCAUCACCUCCGUCGCGACCAUCUUCUGCUCGGGCGCCGGCACGUCCGCCUUUUUGCCCGUCAUCUCCGAGAUGCGACGCCCGCGCGACUACAACAAGGCCGUCUACCUCUGCAUGAGCAUCGUGACCGCGUCCUACCUCACCUUCUCCCUCGUCGUGUACGCCUACUGCGGCAAGUGGGUGGCCUCGCCGAGCCUGGGCAGCGCGGGCGACACCCUCAAAAAGGUGGCCUACGGCGUCGGUCUCAUCGGACUGCUGGUCAGCGCCUGUCUGUACAUCCACGUCGCGGCCAAGUACCUGUUUGUGCGCAUGCUGCGCGACUCGCCGCACCUGCAGAAGAACAGCGUCGUGCACUGGUCCGUCUGGCUCGGCUGCACGUUCGGCAUGUCCGUCGUCGCGUUCCUCCUCGCGUCUGGCAUCCCCAUCUUCAACUACCUCCUGGCCCUGGCCGGCAGCCUGACCUUUGCGCCGCUCGCCCUGGGUCUGCCCGGGUACCUGUGGAUCUACGACCACCAGCACUACCGCAAGGGGGCGUGGUGGCAGGUCCUCGUGUACUGGCUCAACUGGCUCAUGAUCCUGCUGGCCGUGUUUCUGACGGUCGGCGGCACGUACGGCACGGUACAGUCCAUUAUUGACGCGUACGCGAGCGGGGAGAUUGGCCAGGCCUUCAGCUGCGCCGACAACAAUGUUUGAUGGUUGGUGGUGGUUCGAAAGCGGGUUUGUCGUGCGUUUUUCGUAGAGGCUGUAUUUGUAGCGUAAUUGAUUGGUUGAUACCUUUUUGCUUGAUCUGUUUUGUAAAUA